UAAUUAUUCCUUGGAAAAUGCAGUUAUCCUUAACAAAUAUCACGAGUGUCUGGAAAAGACUGGAAGUCUUGAGGGUGAUGGUUUUUAGUGCAUGAGGAAGGUCACCGUAGCUCAAGUAAACCUUGCAUUUGAGAUGGGAAAGUUACUUUGGGAAUCACUAUUGUUGGUGCAUAAACCACUGAAAAGAGUUAAGCGAGAGAUAAGUGGCAAUCUGAGUCUCAUAAAAUGAUCUGACAGCAAAAUGUCAACGCACGAUUCAAUGCACGUCACUUCUAACAUUGUUUCCAAACUUUUUAUGGCUACAACGUCGAACCAAACUCAAGAGAUAUUUCCAUCAUUUUUUUUUCAGAUUACGCCCCAUCAUCCCCAUCAUCCCUAUACAACCCCUAUUUAAUAUUGUUUUAGCAUAAGAAAUAACGAGUACAAUUCUGGGUUUGCCCAAAUCAAGAAGGGGAAGGGGACGAACGGUCAUACACUCGUUUACAUGACGGUUGCCAUUUUUUUUUGGAAGGAUCUCAGCAUGGUUUGUCUCUAAAGCUACACCAAUUUUCUUCAAUCAAAUUUACUUAUUUCUUGAUUCGUAUUAUGCUGUUAAAUUCAGAAUUCUAACGGCCAGGAGUUUACAGUGGUUUUACUGGACUCUGAGGGAAUAGACGCGGCAAGUGGUAAAGGUCUGGAUGAUCACCAGAUUUUUACCUUAACUGUUCUAUUGGCUUCUGUGCUAAUAUACAAUUCUCAAGGGGUACCUACAAGACAUGAUGUAGAAGGACUGGAGUAUCCUUAUGAAAAAGAAACCAUUAUGAAUAACACCGCCCGCGCGCUGCCAUUUUCUUUGCGGGCAGCUAAUCCGACUUAAUCAAAUUUAAUAUGUCGCGCUCCUCGAAAGCGCGAAAGUUUUAAUUUCUCUUCGUGUAUUAGAUUUCAGAUACAAUUUCUUAAUCUUCAUUUCGAACCAGAAUAAAUUAGUUUGCGCGCAAAGGGCUCCUGAAAAAAUCGCAAGGUUUGUCCCACUUCGAGUCACCUUCUGGAGAUACGCCGGCUUGGUAGCUGGAAUACACUGCCGAGGCGAAGAUCUGGCAUGUUUUUCGUCCUCGUCGUAUUUUCACCACGACAAAUAUUUAUUUUUGCGGCUAGAAUGCAGUGCAUAUAAGUGGAUUUUACUUCAUGAGGCUUCGUGCAGUAUGCUACUUGUGAAAGAUGAGUGCCGGAUUUCAUCGCUCUGUUCGCGUUUACUAGUGUAUGGCAAAUGCAAGGUAAAAGACCCGACUACUGUAAGGCCCAGGGGGAGGGUACUCCCAUACAUUACCUAUACGGGUAUGUGCCGCCCAACGGGGUCGUGAUUUUAAAAAUACGGUUCAAUGAGUUAACAAGCAAACUGUUGUACUCUUGUUGCACCCUGUGUUUUAGCGUGCAGGGCGGGCAUAUUUUGGCGCGAGCCGCGAGCGCUGACUCCGCCAUCCAGGAUUAAUAGGCGCGCGGAGGUCUGGAACGAGUCCAUAAUGUAUCCGAAGGACAUGGAGACGGGCUCAAAAGAAAGGGACGGGAGAGGAGAAGGAGAAUCGAUGGCUUACGAGCGUGGUUCUGUGCGUGGUGAGAGUUUUUGCGUCAUAAUUAACCACAUUGUAUCUACAUGCACAGGAAACGUACUCUGGAUGAUUAUGAAGAAGCAUUUAUUUGAUGUAUAAGUCACUAGACAAAUAAAGAAAGACAGGGCUAUUUCGAUUUACGAACUUUCUAGAACGGAGUAUAAAAAAUUGGCCCAUUUCUAGAACGGGGUAUCAGUUUUAGGGCGAAUUCUCGAACGGCGUAUAAAAAUUGGCCCAUUUCUAGAACGGGGUAUCAAUUUAAGGGGAAUUUUUUUUUUAGAACGGGGUGCCAAUUUAGAGUCCUGGGCGGCACAUACCCACCCCAAAAAUUCCCAAGUGCCCCCCCCCUCCCCUGGCUGGAAGGUAAGAAUUGAAGUUUUAAACUUGUUACUCGGCGAAAAAUCCUACAUAGAAUUCGUAAAACCCGUGAGUAUUAUCUCUGUUACCUAAUGUCAUAAGAUGACUCCUCGUUUUUCUAUGCUUGACACGGAUACAAGCGAUAAACUUUAUUUGCAAGGUUAAGUAUAUGUACUUAUCGAGACCAUUUGACGACGAUUUUAGUUAUAUGCUGUACUUAUUUGGUUUAUUCCAGCUAAGUGCCAGAAGUUAGAUGACAAUUAAUGUUUGUGUGCUAUAAUUAUGCUGAUAAUUUUUUGCACCCUUGUAUUGACCCUAGCAAAAUACUCUAUUAUGGAGGAACGUUUAACGUCUUUCGGGGCCCAAGAUGGUUUCAAAUUAUAGGGAAAAAAAGCUUGAUUUUAGGCGAAAUGGACUAUAGCUUUUUUUCUUUGAGGAGAGCGCGAAGACAACGCUCGUAAGUACAGUCUAAUCCAAACAAACAUCGGCUGCACUUUAGGUGGCACACCCAUGGGUGCAGUGUAACCUAGCGAUUCCUUAGGUAGAGCUAACAAACAUAGGCUUCACUUUAAGUGGCACAUCCAUGGGUGCAGUGUAACCCAGUGAUUCUUUAGGUAGAGCUAACAAACAUGGGCUGCACUUUAAGUGGCACACCCAUGGGUGCAGUGUAAUCUUGUGAUUCUUUAGGCUGAGCUAACAAACAUAGGCUGCACUUUAGGUGGCACACCCUGGGUGCAGUGUAACCCAGGCAGAGCUAACAAACAUAGGCUGCACUUUAGGUGGCACACCCAUGGGUGCAGUGUAACCCAAUGGUUAUUUAGGUAGAGCCAACAAACACAGGCUGCACUGUAGGUGGCACACCCAUGGGUGCAAAGAAACCCAGGGAUUCUUUAGGCAGAGCUAACAAACGUAGGCUGCACUUUAGGUGACACACCCAUGGGUGCCGUGUAACCCAGUGAUUCUUUAGGCAGAGCUAACAAACAUGGGCUGCACUUCAAGUGGCACACCCAUGGGUGCAGUGUAUCCCAGUGAUUCUUUAGGCAGAGCUAACAAACAUAGGCUGCACUUAAGUGGCACACUCAUGGGUGCAGUGUAAGCCAGUGAUUCUUUAGGUAAGGCUAACAAAGAUAGGCUGCACGUUAGGUGGCACACCGUACCCAUAGGUGCCUUAUAACCUAGUGAUUCUUUCGGCAGAGCUAACAAACAGUGAUUCUUUAGGUAGAGCUAACAAACAUAGGCUGCACUUUAGUUGACACACCCAUGGGUGCAGUGUAACCCAGUGAUUCUUUAGGGAGAGCUAGCAAACAUGGGCUGCACGUUAAGUGGCACACCCAUCAGUGCAGUGUAACCUUGUGAUUCUUUAGGUGGAGCUAACAAACAUAGGCUGCACUUUAGGUGGCACACCCUGGGUGCAGUGUAACCCAGUGAUUCUUUAGGCAGAGCUAACAAAGAUAUGCUGCACUUUAGGUGGCACAACCAUGGGUGCAGCGUAACCCAAUGAUUCUUUAGGUAGAGCUAAAAGAAGGUAGGUUGCACUUUAGGUGGCACAUCCAUCGGUGCAGUGUAACCCAGUUAUUCUUUAGGUAGAGCUAAAAUAAGGUAGGCUGCACUUUAGGUGACACACCCAUGAGUGCAGUGUAACCCAGUGAUUCUUUAGGAAGAGCUAUCAAACAUAGGCUGAAUUUUCGAGCCGCAGGAAGUUUUUUUCGUUAACAUGGUCCUUGUAUGAAUUUUUUGAGGCCGUAGCAUGAAUAUUUGUUAGGGUUUAUUGGCGUGUAUGAAUUUUUUUCAUUUGAUUUUCCCUUGCGCGAUUAUUUUGUUUUGUACUUCGCCCGCCUCCUCAUAACUUUUCUAAUGGUCCGUCCCUUACAAUGCUACGCAUUACUAUUGCUUAAUUAAGUAACUACGCGCUAAUGGACUAUGAGUUUCGACUGUGGAGCGGAAAGUUAGCGCUACGCUAACAGAGCGAUUCUGUAGUUUCUGCAAUGUAUAAGAUAUCACGGCUCCCAAGCUCCGUUCUCGAAAUCACAACUAGGAUAAAAUGCAUUCUGCCUGCAGACGUCUCCUUUUCUAGGUUUACAGGUUAAAUAACCGUACCCACGGUUUGUUUGACAAAGCUUCCGAGACGGCUUUUUGGUAAUAUUAAUUUUGUUGAUCUAAUGUUUUUUUUUCAUCUUUAUUUUCGCCGCCUUUGCGAUGACGGCCUUGGAAGAAACUGAAUAUCUCCGUACUGCGCUUCGUGAUUUUGCAAAAUUAAUUGCUGCGGGCAUUAAACAUGUUUUUUUUUCUAUAAGGAAAGCGCUUUCACUUCCAGUAUAGAGUCAAUGAUCUCGUUUAUCUCGUUUUCUAAAUGUCCUUCAGAACUGAACAAGGCCAUAUUUUAUUACCUACAGCCUGAAAACCUGAUUUAUUUUGACCAGAUCGAGACAAAACUGACCUCUGAAAUGGAAAAACAAAAUCCUUUUAUUUUUGCCGUCUUCGGCCUGCCGAGGCGAUCGGGUCUGGUUUGCUUUCAUAUGAUGACAUCACAGAGUGUCGGGAAAAACACCUCGCGCUGAUCAUACGUGACAAAAUCCGCCGCGCCUAAACUAAUGAAGAAGAGUCUCCUGGAACGCUCCAUACCAGAGGAGGAUCGAAUAGUAUCCCAUGAUGCAUUUUUCCAGAAGCAUCACGCAAUAUCGCAGUCAUAGCAGAUUCCAUCUUGAAAUAAGGUCGUUUUCUCGUCGGCUUUUUUCUCACUCGAUUUCCAGUAAAAGUAAAAAAAUUACAUUAUUUCGUUAUUUGACAUGAUUUCUCCGAUUUGCAAUGGCUUAAGAGCGAAGUUUCCACUUAGAAACAUUUAUUUUCACGGUUUCAAUUAGCCUUCCCAUCACAAAGUGUUCAGUGACCCACAACCAGCUCAUGAAUAUUCAAGGUUUUUUGGAAUAUAUGUUGAAAUCUUACAAAUGUGGACCUCACGGCGGCAAAAUGAAGUCCUGAAUAUUGCACAGGCCAAGAAGUACCCAGAAGUACCCACAUUUUGAAGACUUUUUUGUCGACCAAAGAUGGCUGAAAUUUCGAAUCUUCUAUCACAUUUCAACGCCAAGUGUCAUAAUAUAUGUGUAAAGCCUGAUGAAGGCUACAAUCUGUUGGGCGCUUUUGAGAGCGCUUUAUGCCGAAGCAAUCACUUUGUAUUUUCAAAGAGGUUAUUUUUAAAAGGAAUUUGACUAUAAUUAUUUUAAUUCGAAGAAGGAGCGGUGUAUAACGGUGUGUUUCAAUGUGAAAAGAACCCAAAGAAAGGAACCACGCAGCAUGCAAGCCGGCACAACGUAAACUGAAGCCUGCUCAGAAUUUGAAAAAGAAACAUCAUGCAGAAACUUUAUUUAUUCAAAAGAACAGAUCAGUAUUCUGGCCAGGAAAUUUCCUUGAAGAUUGCUUGAGUCAGUACCGGGUAGACUGUGCUUCAGAGAAUUGUUUGUCGCAUCGAUAGGUUAAAUUUUAUUUGUAACUGCCAUUGUAAACUUCAGCUCCUUUGAGCGCGAUGCUGUAAUAAAUUAUCCUUUGGUAAUUAGCUUCACAGCGUAGCGGAUGUUUUGUUGGAACCACUUUAUAGAUCAGUCAUAGUUUUGGUUCUCCUCUGGCCUGGGUUCUCCUAGUGAACCUAGCGAAGCUUAUCAAUUGCGAGUCUUAUAAUUUGUGUUUACAGUGCGACCGAGCGCGGCACAAGUAGUUCUCGACAGAUCAGUGAAAUACAUGUAAAACCCUUCUCAGUCAAAGCAACGCUGAAAUUCUCCUUUAAAGCACAGUGAAUAUUAGCCAACUCGAUAAUCUCAAAAGCAGAAGCUGCUGAACCGAAACAUGUUUGGAAACCAUCCACAUCGAGCACUGCGAUCGAUGUUCACUUCGCGCGUGCUGAAGGUUACUGAUCAUAAUGUGUCACGUACGCAGUGAUAAUAUAACAAGAAUCGAGGUGCAUCAUGGGAUACUAUUCGAUCGUCGUCUGGCUCCAUACAAUUCCUUACAAUAAGAUUAUGAGAAAUUGUAUGGAGCUCUCCGGGAUACUUACAGUGCAAGCCCAGUGUGUCUGUGCCAGUAGAAGUGCACUCAGCUUAAACAAGCUACUAUGCAGGCACUUCAUUCACUUCAUUGGUGCUAAACUCCUUUUGAACUCUCAUCUCAACAUACUUUUGUAUGUUUCUUUAUUUUUCUUGUAUUUAUAGUAUAUUUAUACACUAUCUUCGUUCCACAUGAUAAUGACGUCCGAGAAAGUCAUAAUCAUAAUCAUAGUCGCAGUCGUGAUCAUAAUCACAAUCACAAUCAUAAUCGUAAUCGUAAUCACCGUAAAAUAAUCGUAAUCGUAAUCGUAAUCAUAAUCAUAAUCAUAAUCGUAAUCAUAAUGAAACGCCACAGAGUUUAAGAAAAAAAAAAGGAAAAGAAAAUGGAAUCGCCGUCAUCGUAAGCAUAAUCAUAAUCGUAAUCAUCAUCAUAAUGAAACGCUACAGGGUUUAAGAAAAAUAUAGGAAAAGAAAAUUAAGAGAAGGACAGUUUGGCAAUUUAAGAUUUAUUAGCAAGGCCCAUCGGCCAGAUCACGAAUCGUGUGUACCUCUAACCAUGGGCCACGGCCCUUUUCAGAAACAAUAAGCGGAAAGGAACUUAUCAGUAGUACCCAACACUUGAGCUAACUAUAUGUCUUAGAAAUGCCAGUACGACCAAGUGAACUUUUCCUGCACAUCCUUGACAAUGCAAAGCUUUAUUGUUAAACUUGCUCAGAGAAUUCACAUUCGAUCAAAUUCUGGCAAAGAUUCUAAAGUAAAAGACAUCGAAUUCUUCCACAAGACAUUCCCAUACUUCAUCUGGUUGCUAAGAGAUGUGACACAAUCCAUUCCCACCGACUGCAAGGACAUAAGGGACUAUUUCUUGAAAAAGGUAGGCAAAAAAGAGUACUUAAACGGAAAAGUAUUUAGUUAGAUAUCUUAAAGAAUUAUAAGAUCAGGUUAAACUGUUGUGGCGUUAAAAUCUAAAAGAAGGUUAACAGUGAACGAAUCCCUUGAGUUGUCGAAAGAAGCUGCAAAUAUUUAUUGAACUUAGCCCUAUUUUAUGCUUUAGAGUUACCGUUGAUUUUUCUUUCACUUGAUGUACUAGGUCUUCCAAGAGCAGACAUCCUCCUCCCCUGGUGAUGAAAGCCCAAAAGUCUCAGAAAGCAUAUUGCGUUUGUUUCCUGGAUUUGACGCGUUCAUGCUGCCACCUCCCACAGUUGAUAGCGAGUUGAUGAAAACACUAACAGAGAAGAAAGAUCGGGUGAAUCCUUCAUUCUGGAGUGCUUUAGAGAAUUUUAAGCUCUUAAUCAGAAGCAACCUGGCUCCUAAACACAGUUACAAUCAUGGGGAAUAUGUCACGGGAGAAGGUAACAUUAUUAAAUCAGUUAAAAGUGAAUUGAAUUUCAGUAAAACUUUUUCAUAUUACGGCGAUAUGUCCAGAAAUGCUUGCUACAACGAAAAUGGCAAUUGAGGAAAACUUGCCAAACGUUUUAAAUGAGAUGGUAAAGGAUACACAAAAAAAGGGGCGAUUUCGACGAAAU